ACUCGAUAAUAAAAAUAAAAAAUAAAGCCACGAGAGGACGUUGCCUCUCUCAGCUGUCUCGGACCGACCUCAUACCUCCCGCUUUGCCUUGCCCCCCCCGGGAGCUCAGAGGCUACGCCGCCGCCUCCGCCUCCGCCUCCGCUCCGUCCAAUUGCAAACCUCUCCAUUGAUUUGGUUCGGGCUCACGAGAGCUAUAAAUCCCUAAGUGUUGCUACUUACCGAUCAACGCUUUCUGUUCUCACGGCGGAGCGAGGUGGAGAUCAGCCUCCUCUAUGCAUACUCGCCGUGAUCAUUCCUCCUUUCCCCCUUCUUCAGCCGCUCGAUUUCGUCUCUAGCGGCUAUAGACUUUCAUCACUAGACAUACAAAAGUUCAUCUCUCGCGCUCACCCGCUCAGGAGAUGGUUGGGAUAGAAGAUAAUACUGAGAGGGAGAGGUCACCAGCUGUAGAGAAUGGUUUUGCCAAUGGUUCUCGGUCUUCUCCCACCACGGAAGUUUUGUCUCCAACGCCAAAGGCUACUCAAGGGAAUAAUGAUACACUUUCCUACGCCAACAUUCUUCGGGCGAGAAACAAGUUUACUGAUGCGCUUGCUCUCUACGAGACUAUUCUGGAGAAAGACUGCAAGAACGUCGAAGCUCACAUUGGGAAAGGGAUAUGCUUGCAGACGCAGAACAAAGGGAAUCUAGCUUUUGAUUGUUUUUCCGAAGCGAUUAGGUUGGAUCCGGGUAAUGCUUGUGCCCUCACGCACUGUGGUAUACUUCAUAAAGAAGAAGGGAGGCUCGUAGAAGCUGCUGAGUCGUACCAGAAAGCACUGAUGGCAGACGCAUCAUACAAGCCAGCAGCGGAGUGUUUAGCUAUUGUGUUGACCGACCUUGGAACUAGCCUGAAGCUGGCUGGGAAUACGCAGGAGGGAAUUCAAAAGUACUACGAAGCCCUUAAGAUUGACCCUCGCUAUGCUCCUGCAUAUUACAACUUGGGUGUUGUGUACUCCGAAAUGAUGCAAUAUGACAGUGCGUUGGGAUGCUACGAGAAGGCUGCACUUGAGAGGCCUAUGUAUGCAGAAGCAUAUUGUAACAUGGGCGUCAUCUAUAAGAACCGUGGUGACUUGGAGAUGGCAAUCACCUGUUAUGAGAGAUGUCUAGCUGUAUCUCCAAACUUUGAGAUUGCCAAGAAUAAUAUGGCCAUAGCUCUGACAGAUUUAGGAACAAAGGUUAAACUUGAAGGCGAUGUGAGCCAAGGAGUGGCGUAUUACAAGAAGGCUCUCUAUUAUAACUGGCACUAUGCAGAUGCUAUGUAUAAUCUUGGGGUCGCUUAUGGUGAAAUGCUGAAGUUUGACAUGGCAAUUGUCUUCUAUGAGCUUGCUUUCCACUUCAAUCCACAUUGUGCUGAGGCUUGCAACAAUUUGGGAGUACUUUACAAAGACCGUGACAACCUUGAUAAAGCUGUGGAGUGUUACCAGAUGGCUCUGUCAAUCAAACCAAAUUUUGCACAGUCGCUUAAUAACCUCGGUGUCGUCUACACAGUCCAGGGAAAAAUGGAUGCUGCUGCCAGCAUGAUCGAAAAGGCAAUCCUUGCUAAUCCCACUUAUGCAGAAGCUUUUAACAACUUAGGUGUUCUUUACAGAGACGCUGGAAAUAUAACGGCGGCUAUUGAUGCUUAUGAGGAAUGCCUUAAGAUAGAUCCAGAUUCUCGCAAUGCAGGCCAGAAUCGAUUGCUUGCCAUGAACUACAUAAAUGAAGGACUCGAUGACAAACUAUAUGAGGCGCACAGAGACUGGGGUUGGCGUUUCACAAGAUUACACCCACAGUACACUUCGUGGGACAAUCUUAAAGAUCCAGAUCGACCUAUCAUCAUCGGAUACAUCUCCCCGGAUUUCUUCACUCAUUCAGUAUCUUAUUUCAUCGAAGCGCCCCUCACGCAUCAUGAUUACACAAAAUACAAAGUUGUGGUUUAUUCAGCGGUAGUUAAGGCAGAUGCAAAAACAUUCAGGUUUAGGGAUAAAGUGUUGAAGAAAGGAGGAGUUUGGAAAGAUAUAUACGGAAUAGAUGAGAAAAAGAUUGCAAGUAUGGUCCGAGAAGACAAAAUCGACAUUUUGGUAGAACUCACUGGCCAUACUGCUAACAACAAGUUGGGAACAAUGGCCUGCAGACCAGCACCUCUUCAGGUUACUUGGAUCGGCUAUCCAAAUACUACGGGUCUGCCCACUGUUGAUUACAGAAUUACUGAUUCGUUGGCUGAUCCACCAGAUACCAAACAGAAACAGGUGGAGGAGCUGGUUAGGCUUCCGGAGUGUUUUCUUUGCUAUACACCAUCUCCCGAGGCUGGUCCUGUUUGUCCAACACCCGCUCUUUCCAAUGGCUUUGUCACAUUUGGUAGUUUCAACAAUCUCGCAAAGAUCACUCCUAAGGUGCUGCAAGUGUGGGCUAGGAUACUGUGUGCAGUUCCCAAUUCUCGUCUGGUGGUAAAAUGCAAACCUUUCUGCUGCGACAGCAUCAGGCAGAGGUUUCUCACGACGCUGGAGCAGCUUGGGUUGGAAUCAAAGCGGGUUGAUCUAUUGCCGUUGAUUCUUUUCAACCACGAUCAUAUGCAAGCUUAUUCCUUAAUGGAUAUAAGUUUGGACACAUUCCCUUAUGCUGGAACGACUACUACCUGUGAAUCUCUCUACAUGGGAGUUCCAUGUGUUACUAUGGCUGGUUCAGUACAUGCUCAUAAUGUUGGUGUCAGUCUUCUCAGUAAAGUUGGCUUAGGACACCUGGUUGCUAAAGACGAGGAUGAGUAUGUGCAGUUAUCUGUUGAUCUAGCUUCUGAUGUCACCGCUCUUUCAAAACUGAGGAUGAGUCUUCGGGACCUAAUGGCGGGAUCUCCUGUUUGUAACGGUCCUUCUUUUGCUGUUGCUCUUGAAUCCGCAUACAGAAAUAUGUGGAGAAAGUACUGCAAAGGUGAAGUACCUUCCUUAAGGCGAAUGGAAAUGCUGCAAAGAGAGGUCCAAGAAGAUCCUUCAAUUUCAAAAGAGUUGGGAUCAUCAAGACUCAACGUUACUGGAGAAGCCACUCCUUCUCUCAAGGCCAAUGGCUCUGCUCCUGUACCUUCCUCUCUGCCAACCCAAUCCUCGCAGCUCUCGAAGAGAAUGGACUCCACUAGUUAA